AUGACGAACAAUGUAGGAAUAAUAUCGAAUAAACUAUUUUCUUUAAAAUGGUGUUUCAAAUAUAAUAAUAGUUCAAACAUAAUUUUAAAUAGCUUUUUUAAUAACAGUUAUAACAAAUUUGGAUUUAAAAUUUGUUUUCAUUCAUUUGGAAAUAUUAACAAAAAAUGGAAAAAUAAAAAUAAAAAUAAAUGCAAGAAUUAUAUUUUACUCGUAAAAAAAAAUAAACUACAUAAUAAUGCACACAUUCGAUAUGAAAUCAUUUUGGGAGCAAACAAAAAACAUACAAAUCUAUCUACAAAUAAAUAUGGUGUAAAUUUUAGUACCCAUGUUGGUGAAUUAUUUCAUAAUAAACAAAAUGGGGUGGAAAAAAAAGCGGCAACUGAUAAGUGUGGUAGAAAAAAUGGGGGGGAAAAUGGGAAAAAAGAUACCAAUAUUGACACAAAUUGCGAUAGCAAUAAACUUACACAUCGAAUGGAAAACACAAAGGAUGUAGAACAAAAUGAAAAUGUUAUACGGAUUAAUAAUUUAUGUAAAAAAAUUUAUGAUAUAGGCAAUAAUGGUGUAAAAAAUAAAAAAGAAUGGAUACACUAUUUAGUUGAAUAUUAUAAAGAAGAAGAAAACUACAAAUUUAUAAAAAACAAGGAAAUGUUUAUGUUACUAAUUGGAUUAACCAAAUUAAAAGAAAAAAUAAAUAUUAUUUAUUAUAGAGAAAAUAAAGAAAAUGAAAAAAAUGAAAAAAAUAAAAGGGUAGACGAUAUGAUUGAUAGACAUAUUCAAGUUUUGUCAAAAAAAAUAAACGAGCUGACAAAUAAACAGUUGAGUAUAUUUUUAUAUAUUCUUGAAAAAUGGGAAAAAUUAGAAAAACAUAAAAAAAUUGUAAAUAUUAUUAAUGAUAAAAUUUUAAAAAAAAAAACUUUUAAAAAGUUAAAUGUUCGAAGCUUUUGUAAUGCUUUAUACAUUUAUUCAAAAAAAAAUGAACUGGGCAAAAAUGGCAGUGAAAAAUAUGGCAGUGAAAAAUAUGGCAGUGAAAAAUAUGAUAUAAUAAAUUUUCAAAUAAAUAAAUUUUUAACAAAACUUAAUAAAUCGAAAUGUUCUGUAGAAGAUAUGUUAUUACUCAUUUCAUCUAUAGAUAAAUUAAAAAUAAAAAUAAAAGAAAAAUCUAUGAUAGAAAAUGUUGUAAAGGUUUUAAAUGAUAAUAUACAAGAUACAAACUAUUUUAUUAUUCCGUCUCUUUUGUUAUAUUUGUCAAAUUUAAAUAUUUAUAAUAAAGAAUUAUAUUUAAAAUUAAAAAAUGUUAUAUUAGAAAAUUAUCAUUUUUAUAAUUCUAUACAUUUAACAAAUAUAUUUUAUGCCUUUUCAAAAUUUAAACCAGAUUUUGCCCAUGAUCUCUUUGACACAUUGUCACAUUAUAUCAUCCAUACGUUUUUAAAACAAGCCGAGAAGGAAAAAGAAAAAGAAAAAGAGAACGAAAAUAAAAAUUCGGAAAAAAAUGCGGACGAAAAAGAGGGCGAACAUAAUAAGCCCGCUUUAAGGAAUGCCCAAAUUAACGCAAAUAAAUUUUUAAAAUGUGAUGAGAAAAUGUUUAACAUGUUUCAAAUAACAAAUAUAAUAAAUAGUUGUAUAAAAUGUGAUUACAUAAAUUACAAUUUUUUUCAUGAUUUAAUUUUAUUAUCAGAAAAAAUUGAAGAACAUUCCUUGGAUAAUUUUAUUAAUUUUUUUAAAUCCAUAUCAAAUAUUUUGAAAACGUUUAAUAUACAUAUAUAUAAAUAUAUUAUAUAUUUUUAUAAUAUCGAAAAGGAGGAAUGUGUAAAAAAUGAUACUCAAUAUAUUCAAAACUAUUAUGAUAAAGAAAAAUUGUUUAACACAAAUCAAAGUGUUUAUUUAUAUUCAUUGAUAAAAAAAGAUAUUUAUUAUAAACAGGUAUAUAAAUAUUUUACAAACAAUUGUGUAAUGACAAAUUUGUUUUUUAUAGAACAAUAUAAUACAUUUGGGGGUAUAGAAAAGAACAUGAAAAUAGGCACAUCAAAUUGUAUAGAAAACGUUACAGACACAUCAACAAAAUUAAUAAACAUUUUGAACAAAAUAAGAGACAAUGUUUCUGAACAAAUAAGAAUUAGAAUUGAAAAUAAUUUAUAUGAUAAAAAUUUAAAAUAUAUUUUACAUAAUUUAAUGAUUUUUAUGUAUCAAAGUAAAAUAAAAUAUAUUAAUUUAUAUACAUUAUGUAUAUCUAUUAUUGAAAAAAAUAUAUUUUUUUUUAGUAUCAAUAAUUUAUAUCUAUAUAUAAAAAUAUUUAAUACAGUCAAAAUUUAUAAUUAUGAAAUUUUUUAUAAUAUUUUUGAUCAUAUAUAUACUAAUUUUGACCAAUUUGAAUUAAAGAAAAAAGCUAAAAUUAUUUUAUUAUAUUAUGAUAUAUUUAAAAAAAUAAAUGAUAACCAAAUGCAGUUAUUAAUAAAUUGUUUUUUAGAUAAUACGAAAUUUUGUGAAAAAAAUAAAAUAGACAUAUCCAAAUAUAAUCAAAUUAAUGAUAAACAUAAAAUAAAUAAUUAUUGUAAUAUAUAUCAGAAAUGGCUACUUCCUACAAAUGUAGAAUUAAAACAAAAUAUUUUAAAUACAAAAAAAAAAUCAACAAAUUAUUUAUUUGAUAGUGUGUAUAAUUCUGAGAAUAAUGAUGAAAUAAACUUAAAUUAUUUUUUAAAUAAUAAAAAAAAUAAUGAUUAUUAUAUAUUUUCUGAAAAAAAUGAAAAACAAUAUUCUACUACAACAGAUAAUAGUCAAUUAUUUUUGAAAAAAAUUGAACAAACAGAAAUUGUUUCAUUUAGUUUAAAUUUUAAUGAAUAUAUAAAUUUGUUGGUUAUAUUAAUUUAUGAUAUAUCAAAUAAAAUACUUGAUAAUAAAAUGGAUGAAAAAAAAAAUACAAACAUAUCUAUUAUUUCACUUAUUUCAAAGGAUGAAACAAAUUUAAUAAAAAUAAAAAAUGAAGAUCCGGUCUUAGAAAAAUAUUCUGAGAUGGUAAGACAAAAUUUGAAUAAUAGAAAACAUUUAAUUAUUAAAAUUUUAUUAAAAAUUGCUGAUAUGAUAAAAAAUAAAAAUAAAAUAUCGAGUGAAAAAAAAAUAAAAAAAAUAAAAAAAAUAGAAAUGGAUGAAAUGGAUGAAGCGGAUGAAACGGGUUUACAUAUUGAUCAGGUUCUCUACAUUUUGUAUUUCAUAAAAUUGUUGGACAAAGAUUUGUAUAGCAGCAUGAUGGAAAUCGACCAAAUUGAAAGGGUUCUAAAAAAUGGGAAAAAUGGGAAAAAUGCACAAAAUGAAAGAAAAUGGGGAGAUAAUGGUGUGGAAAGCAAACAGUGUGGAACCUUGCUUGGUAGCAGUUUAUUCGAAUUGAAAAAAGAAGAUAUGAAAUUCAUUGGUUCGAAUAAUAGAAAAAAAAAUAACGAAUCCGAAAUAUAUUAUGAUGAUUUAUUUCUUUAUGACGAUAAAAUAAAUUAUAGAUAUAAAUAUCAAAGUGUUAAUGAUAGUAUUAAAAAUAUCACUAAUAAUUUAAAAAAAAUGAAAUUUAAUGAAAUAACUAAAUUUGAUAAUACAAAUAAAUGUAGUUUUAAAAUAAAUAAGUUUUAUAAAUUAGAUACAUAUAUAAAUAUAGAUAUUUUAUUUAUUUUAGAAAAAAAUGGAGAAGAAUUUUUUCAUUUUUUGAUAUUUUAUCCAUAUGAAUUAAAAAAAAUAAUUACAAAUAUAAAAAAAAAUAACAUAACAUUUACACAUAGUUAUGAUGAAUCUUUUUCUUUUUGUACAGAAAUUUUAUGUAUUUAUAAUUUUUUAAAAAAAAAUAAUAAAACAAAUUUUUCUUUCAGUAUUCUAGACACAACAUCAUUUGUUAAUUUUUCUGACUAUACAUGUGAAAAUGUGGAGGUAAAUAAAAAUAUCAAAUUAAGAGAAAACCAAAACUCAAUUCACCCAUUAUUUAACCAUGAUUUGGAUAUUCAAAAAUUGAAAAAAUUAAUAGAAGGAAUAAUUUCUCUGCGAUAG